AUGGGCAUUCUUAUGGUGUUUUACUUCAUGCUCCAGCUACCAUGGCUAAUACCGGCAGCCGAUUCCGAUUGCAACGAGAUGUGUGGAACUGUUGCUAUUCCGUUCCCAUUCGGAAUCAAAACCGGUUGCUAUAUCAGUUCGUGGUUUCGAGUCACAUGCAACAAAACUGCUAACGGACCAAAGCCUUUCAUCAGUAGCAUCAAUCUAGAGUUACUCGGUAAAUUUCGGCCAUACGACAAGCUCAUCGCGGUCGAAAAUCCGGUAACUUAUCUAAAUUGCGGCAACAAAGGAAGCAACGGCACCACUUCUGCUUCUAGUGUCAACCUAACAGGCAGUCCAUUUUUCUUCUCAAGUAGAUACAACCGAUUCGGGUCAGUAGGUUGUGGCAAUUUGGUCUUCGUUUCUCGUGACAUUCGAACCGAUCGAGUUGUCGGCUCAUGCCUGCAACGAAGAUGCGGUGACCCGACUUCUAAAUCGGGUGGGUGCCAUGAUGAGUUGAUUAAAGAGAAUCUCACUUCCUAUACGGUAAGCAUGAUAGGGGUCACUAAUCCCAGAAGAAUUCAGAGAUGCACAUCUGCUUUCAUGUUUGAUUCGAGCAUGUUAAAAUCAUCGGACCUAGAUCCUCGUUUUCCCUAUGAUAUAAGCAUUGAUACCACCAAGGUUCCCGCAACUCUGGAAUGGAAUCCGAUCAAAUGUGAUUUCAAAGCGGAGCUGUGCCAAGAAGUAAAAGGAGCUGAAAACCAAGGUUACCCACCUCCACAGCUUAAAUCGCCAACUCUACCAUUACCUUACAAGGAUAGCUGUAUUGAAAGAUGUGGGAAUUUCGAUAUUACAUUCCCAUUUGGAAUUAAAGAUGGCUGCUACAUGAAUCAUGCGUUCAGAGUAACUUGCAACCAGACCGUUAAAGGACUAAGACCUUUCAUAAGUAGCGUCAAUCUGCAGUUAUUGGAGAUUUCAUUUUCCAAACGCACGGCUGUUAUCAAUAAUCCGAUAACUUAUUCCGGUUGCCUCGACGAAGAUCGAGAAACUAAUGUGGCGGUUAAACUCAACCUAACAGGCACCCCCUUUCUCUUCUCAGAUGUCUUCAACAGAUUCGUGUCUUUUGGUUGCGGAUGUGCUACGUUUCUUAGUAAUUCAACUGAUGAUAGUCCCGAUGGUUAUUGUCUGCAACCCCGUUGUGGCAAUAAUGUGACUUCCGAAAUGAGCUGCUCUUCGGGUAUUCCUUCGGGUCUUAGUUCCUUUGCGGUAACCGUGACACCGAUUUAUCCUAGUAACGGUAGCAACAGAUCAUGCGGAUCCGCUUUCGUUGUCGACGAACGUUACAUCGAUUCGGUAGAGAAGAUGAUCCCAUACCACAAUGUCACGAAGAAUCGGAGUUUGUUGCACGUUCCCACGACACUGCAAUGGGGAACACAAAAACGAGGGCUGUGUGAGUUGAGAGAAGGUUCAGACAUCUUUUGUCGCUCCGACGGUGAAUACUGUUGGACGAGCUUAGGUCAAACACAUCUAUGUGUUUGCACUUCGGAUCCCUAUGUUGAUUCUAAUGAUGUAUGCCAAGAAUCAGGAAAAUGUCGAGAUUUGAAAUAUAAGCACUGUUAUAUGCUUUGCUUGAAUACUACUCCUGGAAACAACUGUUCAUCGUCUUGUCCUGUUGGAUAUGAAUAUAUCAAAGACAUGUGCAGGCCCAUAAGUCCAAGAAUCGUCACAAAAGAACCUAAAAGCUCACACAUUCUGCCGAUCAUAGUAGGUUGCAGCACCAGCAUUGGGACAAUAUUUGUGCUACUCAGUACAUGGUAUUUUUACAAACUUUUAGCAAAAAGAAACAAAAUCAAGCUAAAGCAGAAAUACUUUAAAAAGAAUGGAGGCUUAUUGCUGCAACAACGAUUGUCCAACAAUGAAGAAGGCAAUGUUGAGAAGAUAAAGUUGUUCUCUUCAAAGGAAUUGGAAAAGGCAACAGAUUAUUAUAACGAGAACCGAGUUCUGGGUCGAGGUGGCCAAGGAAUUGUUUAUAAAGGAAUGUUAACAGAUGGAAGCAUUGUAGCAAUUAAAAGGUGUAAACUGGUGGGAGGGAAUGUAUUUGACGAAACGAAGCUUCAACAAUUCAUUAAUGAAGUGAUGAUUUGCUCACAAAUUAAUCACAGGAAUGUGGUCAAGCUUUUAGGAUGUUGCCUAGAGACACAAGUCCCUUUACUGGUGUAUGAGUUCGUCCCAAACGGGACCCUCUAUCACCUCAUACAUGAGCCAAAUGAAGAUUUCCCAUUGACUUGGGAAAUGCGUUUACGAAUAGCGAUUGAAAUUGCAAAUGCUUUGUCCUACUUGCAUUCAGCUGCAUCUGUCUCUAUUUACCAUCGAGACAUCAAAUCUAGCAACAUACUUUUGGAUGAUAAAUACAGAGCAAAAGUGUCGGAUUUCGGAACUUCGAGAUCAGUCGCACUUGAGCAAACUCAUCUUACUACUAGAGUUCAAGGAACGUUCGGAUAUUUGGAUCCUGAAUAUUUUCGAUCGAGCAAAUUUACAGAAAAGAGUGAUGUUUAUAGUUUCGGGGUUGUCCUUGUUGAACUUUUGACGGGACAAAAACCCAUCUCUUCAAGCCAAUCAGAGGAAGUGGUGAGAAGCUUGGUUAACUAUUUUCUACUAUCAAUGAAGGACAAUUUCUUACUCGACCUUGUGGAUACAUUGGUAAUGAAUGAUGGUCCGAAAGAAGAGAUUAUAGCAGUUGCUAAGCUAUCAAAAAGAUGCCUCAAUCUCAAUGGAAAGAAAAGACCUACAAUGAAACAAGUUGCGUUGGAGCUGGAAUGGAUUAGAUCGUCAAAAGAAGCCAUUGCCAUUCGACAAAGUUUAGAUGAACAUUCUGACACAGAUGGUAUGAUCGAAGCUUCUGAUAUUGCAUCUUGUUCAACGUCUGGUUCGAUUCUAAAUGAUAGUGUUACUUUGUCAUUAGAUGCAUAG